GGAGAAAAAGGUUCCUAUAUAAGCAAACGCUGCCACAAGGACUAGAACCCUAGCUCUUCAGUGAGCCACCUCAUCUUGGUUUCUUUAUAUAUUUUGCUUUCUCUUCUCUUUUUUUCUUAUCUCUGCUAAACCCUAGCUUCUUACUUUAUAUUCUCACCUUCCGCUUCGCCGUCAAUUUUGUUUAUUUAUAAUUUAUCACUGAGGAAGUUCUUUAAAGCUUAUCAAAACGAUGUCGGACGACGAAAGAGAGGAGAAGGAGUUGGAUCUCACUUCUCCUGAAGUUGUUACCAAGUACAAAAGCGCUGCUGAGAUCGUUAAUAAGGCAUUGCAGUUAGUAAUUUCAGAAUGCAAACCAAAGGCUAAGAUUGUUGACCUUUGUGAGAAAGGAGAUGCAUUUAUCAGAGAGCAAACUGGUAAUAUGUACAAGAAUGUGAAGAAGAAGAUUGAAAGAGGAGUUGCAUUUCCUACUUGUGUUUCUGUAAACAAUACUGUCUGCCAUUGUUCUCCACUUGCUAGUGAUGAGACUCUGUUGGAAGAAGGUGAUGUUGUCAAGAUUGAUAUGGGAUGUCAUAUAGAUGGUUUCAUUGCUGUGGUUGGACAUACUCAUGUUCUUCAGGCAGGACCAGUUACUGGCAGGGCAGCUGAUGUUAUUGCGGCUGCAAAUACUGCUGCUGAAGUUGCCUUAAGGCUUGUAAGGCCAGGAAAGAAGAACAAGGAUGUGACAGAAGCGAUUCAGAAAGUUGCUGCUGCUUAUGACUGCAAAAUUGUUGAAGGUGUCCUCAGUCACCAGCUGAAGCAGUUUGUUAUAGAUGGGAACAAGGUUAUACUGAGCGUCUCUAAUCCUGAAACAAGAGUCGAUGAUGCUGAAUUUGAGGAGAAUGAAGUGUAUGCCAUAGAUAUAGUUACUACCACAGGUGAAGGCAAGCCUAAGCUGCUGGAUGAAAAGCAUACGACCAUUUACAAGAGAGCUGUGGACAAGAAUUAUCACUUGAAGAUGAAAGCUUCUAGAUUUAUCUUCAGUGAAAUUAGUCAAAAGUUCCCCAUCAUGCCAUUCACUGCCAGGGCAUUGGAAGAGAAAAGAGCUAGACUUGGAUUAGUGGAAUGUGUGAAUCAUGAUCUUCUACAGCCAUAUCCUGUGCUUCACGAGAAGCCUGGUGAUAUUGUUGCUCAUAUCAAGUUCACGGUCUUGCUAAUGCCAAACGGGUCAGAUAGGAUCACAUCUCACUCUCUGCAGGAGCUGCAACCCACCAAGACAAUAGAUGAUCCAGAAAUCAAGGCCUGGUUGGCUUUGGGUACAAAGACAAAGAAGAAAGGCGGUGGAAAGAAGAAGAAAGCUAAGAAGGGUGACAAAGCUGAGGAGUCGACAGAAGCAGAACCUAUGGAUGCAACAAAUGGGGCCGAAACCCAAGAAUGAGGCUUUAAUAAAUAAUUAUUUUAUUCUGCCUUGUUUCUUUCAGUUUUGUUACUAUGUUCACCUGAUUGUAUCUGGUUGGUUAUGAAAUGAUUUUAAAUAUAGUCCCUGGACAUUGAAUUCCCCACCAUGAAACCCAUCUUGUUGCAUUGAUCCUGCUUAAAUGUUAAAUCCAUACUGGAAUAUGAAAUGGGCAUCAAUAAUAAGCAUACAUACUUUUGCAUAAA